AUGGUGCGCAUCGGCAUGGAAAAGCCAGCAGAAGCAGUAGCAGCAGCACCCCACCCAACCUUCGGCGUUGUUACCUCUAGGCAGGAAGUGUUAACCUAUUACAAUACCGCCCGCCCUGUCGCUGGGGAGAAGGAACGGUUCGGCGUCGACGUCUCGGAGAUUUCCCAGCACGAACUUCUUUUUCUUCGAAUCCCAACCCCCGUCGAUUUUCCGUACGGAUACUUUGUACGUAUACACUAUCCCCAAUCACAAACACACGGCGAGCAUAGAGUCUAA